AUGAUUGACCCCGUGAGCGCCCUAGGUGCGGCAAGCAGCGUCCUACAGUUCCUCGACUUCGCAGCGAAAGUGGUGACAAAGGGAAACCAAAUCUAUCGUGCUGGUGAUGGCGUGCUGAAGGAGCAUCAGGAUCUUAGCCUCGUCACUUCAGACUUAUUGCUCAUGAAGACGAAACUCGAACAGCUGGGACCAGAUGAGACGGUCCCGGGAGAACUGCUAUCAGCUUCCUCGGAACUAGCCGACAGGCUCCUCAGAAGACUCAAUCAGGCUCAGGCCCAAGGCAAAUUACGAAGAUGGAAGAGCCUUCGUCAAGCAUUGAAAUGUGUCUGCUCAAAGAAAGAAGUAGACGACAUGGCAAAUCGGCUGGCAAUGUUUCGCCAACAGAUUGAGCUACGCUUGAUGACAUCCGUCAGCACGGAAAUCAAUCAGAAUUUGGUGUGUCAGACAGAAGCCACUGAUAAGAUCAAUGAGCAGGCAAGGACCCUUUCGUCGAUCCAAAAUAACAUUGGCCAAAUCAAAUCCAAGGUGGAGGACGUAGCCGAAGUGGUCGGCAGAGAACAGGUUGUGAGGAACGAAUUCAUCAAUGCAUCUCUUGACAACGCAACGACAACGCUGACGAAGCUCAUCGACGAAUACGGCUUGAAUCUGCAGAAAACUCUUGAGUACCUUCGGACUCUAAGCCCUCCACAAAGUUUGCCAGCGAAUGCCACACUGCCAGCGAACAACCCAGAAACUACCAAAGGAGCCAUCUUGCAAAGCUUCGCAUAUCAAAGCAUGAACGUUCGUCCGGAGGCUGUGGCUAUUGCCCACGCAGAAACCUUCAAAUGGCUUUUUUUGCGUUCAGAAGAGGUCCAAAGACCGUGGGACGACUUCAUCGAGUGGCUUCAAUUCAAGAACGACAUCUAUUGGAUGACCGGCAAAGCUGCGAGUGGCAAGAGCACUCUUUUCAAGUAUAUCCUGGAAAACGAGAAUACUCGACAACUGUUGAAGGUGUGGGGAGGCGAUUCGGAAGUUGUUAUAGCCAGCUUCUUCUUUUGGUCGCUCGGGAACAGCAUGCAGAGGUCGCAAUGUGGCCUAUUGCAGUCACUAAUCUACAGCAUCUUGCAGCAAAGGCCGAAUAUGAUCAGCGAAGUGCUCCCGAGUCUGUGGCAACAACUGCAUCACCAGCCAUUAAAUUUCUUCAAGUCACUGGGAGCGGCGUGGCAUGUGUGGUCAGUCAACGAUCUCAGGCAUAUUUUGACCGCACUCAUAAACCAGAACGAAAGCCGGCUCAAAUUCUGCUUGUUCAUUGACGGCCUAGAUGAAUUUGACGGUGACCACCGCGAAAUCGCAGACUUCUGCUACCGGCUGUGCCAGAAUUCGAACGUCAAGAUUUGUCUUUCCAGUCGUCCUCUCAUGGUUUUCGAAGAGGCCUUCGGCAGCUAUUCUCAUCUUCGACUGCAAGAUUUGACUCGGAAGGACAUUGAAAGAUACGUAUUCGACAAUCUUUCAAAUCAUCCAAGGUGCAAGAUCUCACAGGAUCUUUCUUCACAAGUUCUUUCCCUAACAGAAGAGGUGGUCAAGCGAGCUUCCGGCGUAUUCCUGUGGGUUGUACUGGUUGUGAGAUCUUUGCAAGCUGGCAUGACCAAUCACGACACAUCCUCUGACCUUCAAAAACGUCUCAAUGAGCUGCCGCUGGAGCUUGACGGGAUGUAUUCCAUGAUGCUCCAGAACAUCGAACCUCAUUUUUACCAACAACAAGCAAGCCGUUUACUACAAUUGGUGUACCACGCCAAAGGCUCGCUUUCAAUGCUGGGACUCUCAUUCGCAGACGAUACUCGGACAGAGAUCCCGUCUAAUCGCGAUUUAUUCGCCACGUCUGCAGCCGAACUUCAAGAUCGAAUCACUACGACAAGUGCCCGUUGCAAAAGCCGUUGUGCAGGCCUCCUCGAGGCCGUUCGGUCGUCAAGAUCGAGGGAACAGGAUGGUUGUGAUCAGAGUUGCCCGGAUGUGAACUUUCUUCAUCUGACCGUUCGGGAAUUCCUUGAGAAGCCCGAAGUAUGGCGCCUUCUGUUGCGCCGCACCGCAGAAACUGACUUCGAUGCAAACCGAGCAUUGGUUCGAGCCUCUAUUGUAAUGUUCAAGCUGCAUCAGAGUGCUCCAGCAGUUGAAAAUGCCGGCUUUGGGGACAGAUGCACUUCCAUGAACUCUCAUUUCAACGACUCUAUAUUUUAUGCUCGCCAAGCGGAGGCUAGUGGCGGUCGACCACUAUUGACAUUGAUGGACGAGAUCGAGAGCCUCGGUCAGCAUAGUCUUAUGACCCAGCAUUCCGGGCAAAAACAGCCAUUUAUUAACUUCUUGAUAUCUAACGGUUUGACUCUCUCUGUGAAAGCUAAAUAUGGUGAAAGGCUUCUCCAAAUCGACCGAGCGUCUUCGCAGUCUCUGCUUGAAUCCGCCCUGAGUGACUUCAGAGAUAUCGCCGGAUUCGUUCCAUCAAUGAUAGCUCUUCUUUUGCAAGCCGGCCUGAAUCCAAAUCAGCGCCUGCGCCGGUGCCACGUUCAUACGGUAUGGACCUCUUUCCUGAACACGAUCGUCAAAUUAGCAAGUCAUGCAGAUUGGGACGAAAAGAAACCCGAGCUUCUCAAGCCCUGCCUGGAUGUUUGUGAGCUAUUUCUGCUUUAUGGAGCAAAUGAACUGCUUCACGAGUGUGAUACUGAGCCUACGGGGGGAGUUAUCAAGGUGCACUGGCACUGUCCCUGCUGGGAAGAGUCUGAUUUUGGCAUUUUGGCUGAAUCGGCAGGAAACUUUGGCAAGGCACUUUUUCAGAAACUGCUGUGCCUCCUACCAAAUGACAAAGCCAAGCACUUAGAGGACCUCAGAAUCCAAGCACAGAAGACCCAUCCUCAUCCAAGGAUGCCGCAACAGGACUCCGUCGGUCCACGAAAAGGACGGCGUCAUGACACCAACAGUUCCCAUUUUCCAGAUGCGUCUUCUAAAGCCUCUCGCCGAGUGCCAAAACAGCGACGAAGGAAUGAACAGCCACCCUAUGAGAAUCGACGGAAUCAACGGUCGUCGUAUGAGCCUCGGAGGAAUCAAGGCACCCAUUCGUGGCACAGGAGGGCUUCGGAGCACAAUUCCGAGUGGAACUAUCCGUCCAAUCGAACCGAAGGGCGGGAUCGAAUGCAAAGGGAGAAUUUCGGCUCCUAUGAAGCUAGCUACAGAAAUCACCAGAGCUAUUUGCUUCCCCAACCUCGACAUCCACCCUAUUUCUUCCACGACCAAGGCAUAGGAGUUCGCGACAACCGUGAAAAUCAUCAUACAGGGUUUGAGGAAGGUUUGACCAUCUCAAAUACGGGCCAAGUCUCCUCGUCUAGAGGAGGCAGGAAAAGAGACCGAUCACCAGAAUUUUAUGAUGGUGGGCGGUCAAGGUCCAAGCGUCGGUGGUUAUGA